AUGCCACCGGCUGUUAUGUCGCCUAGUACCGAAAGUCCUGUGAGGGCAGGACCCGGUAAAGACUGGAAUGCAACGUUUCCUAGUACGUUCGAUAGGAAAGAAGAAUCUGAUCUAUUUAUGUCCCGCUGUUUGUACGUCGCCUUCUCUCAUAUCUUAGAGAGCAGACGUUUGGUUCCCCCUGAAGUGUUCAAGAAAAGAACUAUCGAAGAUGUUGUGAAGACUUACGUUAUGAAUCUGAAGCAUCCUCUAGGCUUGCGUAUAGCUAACAAAUUCCGAGGAGCUGGUGAAGCCAUCAAAGCUGGCUAUAUGGACACCUUCGUUCUUGUUAUAUCGGAGAACCGAGACAAUCCUGAUGAUGCCAUUGAGGUUUAUACGUGGAAGAUGAAUUACAAUGAAGAUGGAACUUGUACUGCCUCGCUCUCAAGUCGUGAUCAAGAAGCACUGGCUAAUAUAUCUUAUAAUGGUCCGGAAUCUGUGAGAAAACAAACUCGUGCUCUCUUACAAAGAGUUCGCUAUGUGUGCCGAUCUUUGCUUGGUCAACUUCCCGAAGACGUUUGUCCAUCGUUUAGGAUAACCUACACCAAAAAUGCUCCUAAAGGCUAUCAAGCAGAAGGUUUCAAACCUCACCCCAAAAAAGAAAUUUAUUCACUAGAUGAGCGAGCCAAGGAUGUGAACGUUUGCGGAGUAGCUACUGCUCAUGGCAAGAUGCUCCUCUCUAUCAAGAGUAUUUACAUCGAUGAUGAAUAUACUUUCUGUUGCCGACUUAAUGAAGUGGAUGAUUCCGAGAAUGGAGAUGUAUCUUUAUUAAAUCAAACAGUAACAAAUGAUUCGUUCAUGAACGAUUCAAUUGAACAAGCUCGCCUAGAUGGAAUGGAUUCUAGUUCCGAGUCAGUAAGCUCAGCCCGAACAAGACGAGGACAGAAGCGUGCCUUGAACAAGCUUGAUGAGAGCAGUUUAGUAAGUGAUAAAACACCAGAACCUGUUCGUCCAACGAAACGAGGACCUCCGAAAAAAGCUGGAAGAAACCUCAAAGACAAAUCUCCCAUGGCCACAACGCCCGGAUAUGUAACUGAUGUCAGAGCUCUUUCAGCUGAAUCGUCACCUGUUAAGUAA